AUGGAGCCCUGGCGGGGGCCUGAGGCUGCCUCCCUCCGCCUGGGCUGGCCUGCCCUGCUGCUGUGGGUCUCCGUCCUGAACUGUUCCUUCUCCUCGCCAGCUUCUCCCCUGCCUUCUCUGGUGCCCCGAGUCAGAACCAGCUACAAUUUCGGAAGGGCUUUCCUCGGUCUUGAUAAAUGCAAUGCCUGCAUCGGGACAUCUAUUUGCAAGAAGUUCUUUAAAGAAGAAAUAAGGUUUGAUGACUCGCUGGCUUCCCACCUUGGACUUUCUCCUGCCCACUUGCCUUCCUACGCUGCGAAUUACUCGGAUGAUUCCAAAACCUGGCGCCCUGUGGAGAUCUUCAGGCUGCUCGACAAAUACCAAAACGAGAUCUCAGACAGGAGGAUCUGUGCCUCUGCCUCAGCCCCCAAAACCUGCAGCAUCGAGCGGGUCCUGCGCAAAACAGGGAGGUUCCAGAAAUGGCUGCAGGCCAAGCGCCUAACACCGGACCUGGUGCAGGGCCUGCCCAGCCCCCUCCUGCGUUGCCCGUCGCAGCGACUCCUGGACCGCGUGGUGCGGCGCUACGCCGAGGUGGCCGAUGCCGGCAGCAUCUUCAUGGACCACUUCACCGAGCGUGACAAGCUGCGUCUGCUCUACACGCUGGCUGUCAACACUCACCCCAUCCUCCUACAGAUCUUCCCCGGGGCCGAGGGAUGGCCGCUGCCCAAGUACCUCGGCUCCUGUGGCAGAUUCCUGGUCAGCACCAGCACCAGACCACUGCAGGAAUUCUAUGGUGCACCCCCAGACCAGGCAGCCGACCUCGCCUACCAGCUUCUCAGCAUCCUGGAGUCUCUGAGGAGCAAUGAUUUGAACUACUUCUUCUAUUUCACCCAUGUUGACGCACGCACGUUUGGCAUCUUUAACAACGGGCAUCUGUUCAUCCGGGAUGCCAGCACACUGGGCGUCAUCGACAAGCAGGAAGGCAACCAAGCCACGGCCAGCGCCGCGGAGAAUAAGGACAUUUUUAGCUGCCUGGUUUCCGGCUGCCAGGCCCAGCUGCCCUCCUGCGACACCGUCCCUGAGAAGCAGAGCCUGGUGCUGGUGUGUCAGCAGCUGCUGCCGCCACUUCUCCAGGGCAGGUUCCCCUCCCCGGUGCAAGAGGAGAUAGACGCUGCUCUCGCUCGCUGUGGGGAGGGCGCCCGGCCUGACCCGGAAGUCCUCAGGGCCGCCAGUCACCUGAAGGAGCUCCUGAGGCCCCUGAGAACCUGUGACCCCAGAUUUGCCUACCGAUACCCAGACUGCAAGUACAAUGAGAAGUUCUGA